AUGGAGGAGGCUGAUGAGUUUAUCAAGGAGGCUUGCGGACAUCUUGAGUGUUCCUUUGCCUAUAAUGAUGAAAUCGAGUUCAGCACACCUCAGAUUUUUGAGUUUCUAGUCAGGUGUAUUUGGAAAAUAGAUGCCAAGAGUAAGACAGUCAUCCCAUCAUAUGUUUAUCCCAACGUUAUCACCGCGCGUCUUCAUCUCGGCAAUACGAUCUCUACUUAUUUGCAAAAAUUUCACAUUCGUGGGGACACCGCCCUGCACACAGUAUUGUACGGCAAUAUCAAUAAUCUACGCAGUGCAUUCAUUGAACUGAUAAGAAAAUUGCCCGUCGACUCAUCGGAUGGCGCCUCUCAAGAUCAGGGUCAGCAGUUCCUGGGGGCCGUCUUUGAUAAUUUGGAAUCGCAACCAGAAUGGGUUCCUGCAUAUUGUAGAGGAUUGAACGAGACACAGAAGUGGAUUCUUCCAAACGUCAGUUUUCAGAUAAGCUAUGAGAAUUCAAUGGAUGGAAAUUUUCAGAAUGAGCCGGAGCUUUUACCGCUUUUCAAAUCACAAAAGUAUCCCGCCGAUCCUCGCAAGUGGAUUUCUCAAUAUAUCAACUCCAGCGGCGCGGACCACAUUCCAACUUCAAAACCUUCGAAGCCUGCACUUCCACCAAAACCAGUUUUCGGUGGAGAACAGAUACAACAAGAUAGCAUUGAAGGUCAGACUUUUUUGUCUGAAGAAACUGAUGAGAAUGUCCAUCUCCAGUCGAUCUUCGACCAAAAACUGGAUGAGUACAAAGAGUUGCAAAGAAAACGGUUCAAUGUUGAGGAUGGGAUCAGAUCUCUACAGAAGAAGCUCUCGGAUAUUGAUCCUGAACUCAUCGAGGCUAUUGAUAAUCCAGAUGUCUAUGUCGAGACGCUUGUGGAGAAGAUUCUGAAGUUGAAUAAACAGGUGGAAGAUGACACAGAGCUGCUGGAGAACAGAAAUCAGGAAGCUGCCAAGAAGAAGUUAGCCAGAGCCGCUGAGUUGAAGAAAAUGGGUGUUCAUAGUGAAGAAUUGAAAAGAGUUGCUGAGAUGCAGUCUGCUUUGGAAGGCAUUGAUGAGCGUAUUGAGGAUAAUAUAGCUAUGGCUGAAAAGCUUAAGGAAAGAGUUGCAAGAAUCGAUGAGAAUGCUUGGCGGAAGAUCUAUGAUUUUGAGAAGAGGAGCAAGGAUUUGGAUGAGAUGGUUCGUAAGCAGGAGGAUGAGAUGUUCAAAAUGCAGGAGGAAAGAGCAACACUUCGUAAGCAGGAAGAACGUGACAAUGAGACUGUUAACAGAGCGUUUGCUAUCAUCUACAAUAUUCUGCUCCAGCAUUGCGACCAUUAUCGUGGACGUUUGGCAAUGGAGUCAUUCACCAGAAUUCACCUCUACAGCAUGGAAAUUCUGGAGAUGUUGAGGAACAAUGGCACAAUGAAGCAAAUUGUUUUGCUGUUACAGUCUGAGAUUGAUAUUGAAGAGCAGAAGCAGUACCAGAAGCAAUUCGAGUUGCUAACUCAGGAUUUCCAAGAGAUGAGCAAUUUGAAUGAGGAGCUCUUCUCUCAAAUCAGACUCCAGAAUCCAGACUUUAAAAUGCCAUUGGCUGAAUAA